AUGCCUGUAGCCAAUCACACAAGCCUUCAGUCCAUAUCUAUAUGUACAUGCCUUGUUCAAGUUCACCAAUUUGAUCUGUGUUUCACUGCAGCCGUCACUCUCAAUAACACAGCCAGCAGAAGUUCAGGUGCAGUAGCUGAGUUUUUGGAUCCCCAGCAGCAGGUUGUGGUUUGUGUUGGAGGAACCGCUCGACUGCAUUGCCGUUUCAGAAGCUCUGGGCCUGUGGCUUUCUGCUGGAUUCAUGACACGGAAAAGGUUGUGGUAGAGGGACCACGAGUGUGUGUGACGAACACCAGCAGUAGCAGCACCCUGGUUCUCUCUGAUGUUCUUCCUGUAGAUGCGGGAAGUUAUUCCCUUUUUGUUCGGAACCGAGGAGGCACAGCUCACCGGACCAUAAGCCUCAGUGUCAUUGAUCGUCCAGACCCUCCAGCCUCGUGUCCGUUCGUGUCCCAGCUGACCCGCUCAUCUCUGGUUCUGUCCUGGUCUGGGCCGUGUUUUGACGGAGGUUCUGCCAUCAUAGGCUACAUGGUGGAGUUUCAGAGGCUGGACCAAACCGAGCCUGGCGACUGGGCUGAACUCACUAACCAGUGUCAGAACACCUCGUAUCGGGUCCGCUCUGGUCUCGACCCGCAGGGACAGUAUCGCUUCAGAGUACGAGCCUGUAACGCAGCGGGAGUCAGUGAUUCCAGUGAGGAGUCGGACUGCAUUAAAAUGAACACUGCAGGUGAGCCACAACAGGAAGUGACCUCAUAUGUGGAGGUUGUGCCUGACACUACACACAAAGCCAGGGAUCAUUAUCAUGUUCGUGAAAAACUGGGAGUGGGGAAGUUUGGGGAGGUGUACAGGAUGACCCAUAAGCAUACGGGUCAGGUGUAUGCUGGGAAAUUCUACCGGGCCCGUGUCUCCAGAGAGAAAACAGCAGCGCGUCAAGAAAUCAAACUGAUGAAUAAACUACGUCACCCGAAGCUGGUGCAGUGUCUCGCAGCCUACGACACCUCGUCCGAGAUCGUCAUGAUUCUGGAGUAUAUUGCAGGUGGUGAGUUGUUUGAACGGAUAGUAGAUGAGAACUUCGAGCACACAGAACCCAACAGUGUGAACUACAUGCGUCAGAUCCUGGAAGGAAUCCAGUAUAUCCAUAGCAAACACAUCGUCCACCUCGACCUGAAGCCGGAGAACAUAGUCUGUGUGAAAAGCGCUGGGUCGCUCAUCAAGAUCAUUGACUUUGGAUUGGCCUGCAAACUGGAGCAUGGUAAACAUCUGAUGGUCUUGCAUGGGACUCCAGAAUUUGUGGCCCCAGAGGUUGUUAAUUAUGAGCCUGUAGAUCUGGCCACCGACAUGUGGAGCAUCGGUGUCAUCUGCUACAUACUGCUGAGUGGUGUGUCUCCAUUCCAAGGAAACAGCGAUGCCGAAACCUUAGCUCUGGUUACUGCAGCGCAAUGGGAGUUCGAUCCUGAGAGUUUUGGUGAUAUCACCGAUGAGGCCAAAGAUUUCAUCAGCGGCCUGCUGAGGAAGGAUAAGAGAACAAGAUUAUCCUGUGAGAAAGCAUUAGCUCAUCCCUGGAUAGCCUUAUUUGACGACUCAAACUCCAGAUCAACCAAAUCCCUAAAUAAAGAGAAGAUGAGAAGGUUCCUGGCCCGACAGAAAUGGAAGGUAUGGAAAUUAGGAGGCUAUUCGCCUUCAGCCGAUUUAGUAUAA